AUUAGUCUUGACUUGUUUGAGCAGACAUCGCCAAGAACAAUCAUGUUGUACAAGGCACUGGUGUGCUUGGCGCUUUUGUCAUAUGUUUAUGGUUUCACGGUGAAGCAAGAUGAUGGUAGUACCACCCCGUAUUUUGUUCACCCUAAGGACAGACCUUCUGGUAUUUCCCCUAGGAUAAUAGGGGGUGAGGAGGUCUCACCGCACAGUUACCCCUUCCAAGUGGCACUGACACUUUAUACAGAAUCUUCAGCAUAUUUUUGCGGGGGUACGUUGAUAUCCAACCAGUUGGUACUCACUGCGGCCCACUGCCUUGACAAGAACCCAAAUUAUAUCGUAGUCAUACUUGGACUACACAAUCUGACCAUUAUAGAGGAUGGAACAUUGAUACUGAAUGCCACCGAGUAUGUCGUUCACGAGGACUGGGAUGGAGGUACUCUGCAGAAUGACGUGGCUCUGAUACGACUGCCUCAUAACGUCAACUUCAGCGAGGUGGUACAGCCAGUGGGACUAGCCAAAGGCAAUGACAAAUAUGAGGGAGAUAACGCUACUACGUUAGGCUGGGGAAAAACGGAAAACGUCGACCUCUCCAUGGUCCUGCGAGGGGUCAACACGACGGUUUUGACGAACGACGACUGCGCCAGCACGAACAUAAAUUAUGACCUGAUCAUCAAACCCACGCAUAUUUGUACUUCCAGUGUGGGAAAAUUAAGAAUUUGCAGCGGGGAUUCUGGCGGUCCCCUCAUUGUGGACGGGGUACAAGUGGGCAUCACCUCUUUCGGAACAACGGACUGCACCGUUAGCGACCCAUCGGUGUUCACUAGGGUCACAGAAUUUUACGACUGGAUCGUAAGGAACGGAAAUAUCACCUCCGAGAGUUUGUUUUAAUAAACAGGAAGUUAUAUCAGAAAUAGUAUUAGUUUUGUUGAUUGUAAGACGAUAAGAAAAUAAAUGCAAGUUAACGGUUAAA